CCUUCCAAAAACAAAAAAAAAACACACACACACACUUAAGCCAAACGUCACAAAUCCAAAAAUUCCAAAAUUUAUUUUAUUUUCUAGAGAGAUCUACGGAUAGAGAAUGAGAGAACCGUCGAUGGAGAGAGAGAAUGGAACAACAUUAACGGCGACGACGACGGCGGUGACUUCUCCUCCUCCUAUGGCGGUUUCUUCACCGCGUCAAGCUUUAGUUGAGAGAUUGAAAGAUUAUGGACAAGAAGAUAUUUUCUCUCUUUGGGAUGAACUCUCACCUGACGAAAAAGAUUUUCUCGUUAGAGAUAUUGAGAAUUUGGAUCUUCCAAGAAUAGAUCGGAUCAUCAGAUGUUCACUUCACUCUCAAGGUUUACCGGUGGCGGCGAUAGAACCGGUACCAGAGAAUUGGGUAUCAACGGUAGAUGGAAGAACAAUGGAAGAUAGAGAGAAAUGGUGGAAGAUGGGAUUAAAAACUAUCUAUGAAGGCAAAUUGGGUGUUGUUCUUUUAUCUGGUGGACAGGGAACAAGGCUUGGAAGCUCAGAUCCAAAAGGAUGUUUCAAUAUCGGACUUCCAUCAGGGAAAUCGCUCUUUCAGAUACAAGCAGAGAGAAUCUUGUGUGUUCAAAGACUUGCUGCACAAGUAGUGACUGAAGGUCCAGUUCGUCCAGUUACAAUACACUGGUAUAUUAUGACUAGUCCAUUUACUGAUGAAGCCACACGAAAAUAUUUCUCGAGUCACAAAUACUUUGGUCUUGAACCAGAUCAAAUCAGUUUUUUCCAACAAGGUACUUUGCCUUGCGUUACAAAGGAUGGAAAGUUUAUCAUGGAGACACCUUUCAGUCUAGCUAAAGCUCCAGAUGGUAACGGGGGAGUCUAUGCAGCGCUCAAGUGUUCAAGGCUAUUAGAGGAUAUGGCUUCUAGGGGGAUUAAAUAUGUGGAUUGCUAUGGCGUUGACAAUGUCCUGGUUCGAGUAGCUGAUCCUACUUUUCUUGGAUACUUCAUCGACAAAGGGGCUGCUUCGGCUGCAAAAGUUGUGCGGAAGGCAUACCCUCAAGAACAGGUAGGAGUAUUUGUAAGAAGGGGCAAAGGCGGACCGUUGACAGUAGUUGAGUACAGUGAACUUGAUCAGUCUAUGGCUUCUGCUAUUAAUCAACGAACAGGACGUCUUCAAUAUUGCUGGAGUAACGUGUGCUUACACAUGUUCACUUUAGAUUUCCUUAAUCAAGUCGCGACCGGCCUAGAAAAAGACAGCGUCUACCAUUUGGCGGAGAAGAAGAUACCAUCUAUGAAUGGAUACACAAUGGGACUGAAACUAGAACAAUUCAUUUUCGAUUCCUUUCCAUAUGCUCCUUCAACCGCACUCUUUGAGGUAUAUAGUAUUUAAUUCAUUGACAUAAAACACUAACUAA